AUGUCGAUGCUUUUCGGUAGUUUGCAUUGCCUUCGUACACUGACUGUGACAUCGUUUGUCCUGCGAGCCGAGGUCUUUGUUGCCCUUAGCCAGCUCCCUUGCCUGAAAACACUAUCGAUUUCCUCCAAAUUAGAAGAAAAUUCAUUUCUAAGUCUUCAGAAUCUCCAUUUGCAUGGAAUAGAGUGGGAAACCCUUGUCAACUUAUGCAAAGUGAAAAGCUUGGAAAAAGCACUGCGCAGCGCUCAAGGCGGGUCUCCCUCAUCUUCCUCUACAUCCCCCUCACGUAACCCGCUGUUGGAUUAUUUGAGUAUCCUAAUCGAACGUUCAUCUCCAGUUUCUCAUCUACUAUUGUCCUAUUCUCCAUACGACAACUGGAUGGACGAAAUUCUAUCCAGAAGGUUGUUUUCUCGUCUUCAUCUUACCCAUUUAACUACAAGUCACUUAUUAUGGAGAGAGCUAGGCUUGAACUGGUUCGAUCUCUUGCAUGACGUCCCUGCGCUGGACUCACUGCGAAUUGCUUUUAGCCAUUAUGCCAACGCUUUUGAACUCAGGGAACUUCGUUCCUUUGCCACCCUGUUACCGCGUCUCACACACCUCAUGGCACCAGUCGGCAUCGGUUCAGUCUUAAAUCUUGGUCCCCAAGAUUAUAUCUCCAACCUGCGGAACUUUGGUGACUUUAAUCUAGAGAUGUAUUACGUUUAUUGGAACCCAGCACAGAAUGAAUGGCCCCCCAACUUUAGGUUUGCCAUGCAUAUAGAGGAUAUUGCAAGGUUCGGAUGA